AUGCCGGACGAACUCGUCUGGGAGAUCCUUCUCCGGCUGCCCCCUAAAACUCUUGCCCGGUUUAAGUCUGUGUGCAGAGCCUGGCUUGCCAUCAUCUCCAGUCCAUCAUUCAUCUGCAUGCACCUCAGGCAGUCUGCCUCCAGAAAUGAGUGUGAGCCGUCCUUCCUUAUCGCCGCACACACCUUCUGCGACAUGAGGUCCAUGCCGAAGACCUGGAACCCUGAGGUCCCCUUCUACCAUUGGCAGGAGGCUGGCAAGGGCAAUGCGUCCCUUGUGAGCACAAUGGAUCUCCCUGGGGACUCCGGGUUUGCUCACUGCCCAUUGCAUUGUGACGGUCUUGUCUUGCUUCCCACGGAGACCAAGCUAUAUGUUUUCAACCCAGGCACAGGUGAUGUCCUCAACCUGCCCGAUGGCCAAAAGAACUGUGGAUAUGCGCAAGCUCCUGGUCUAGGCCUGGAUCUCGGUACCAACACUUACAAGGUUGCUCAGUUCUUUUACCGAUCGGUAUAUUAUUAUAAGCGGACUUACAAUGCUGGGAUGGAAGUGUUUACUAUCGGUGGGCAUGGUUCAUGCUGGAGGACAGUAGAGGAUCCACCAUACCCUGUAAUUAUGCCACAAGAGCCUGCCUACUUCAAGGGGUCUCUGUCCUGGCACAUCGAGAGGGAGCUCCUACAGACCCCACUACAAGGCUUCCUACGCUUCGAUUUAGAAGAGGAAAACUUCAAGGCCGACGUGCCGCUGCUGGAGAACGUCGUCGUCAUCCCCGGCGCCGGGCACUUCAUCUAG